UGUUCGUCUGAAGAACAAAGAAAUUCAAAAUGGCGGAACUAAAAUACUUGUCAGGUUUUGGAAAUGAGUUUUCCUCCGAAGCCUUACCGGAUGCGCUUCCAAAAGGACGAAAUAGUCCUCAGAAAUGCCCUUAUGGCUUGUAUGCUGAGCAGCUAUCAGGUACAGCUUUCACUGCCACAAGGGACUACAACUGCAGGAGCUGGCUAUACCGUAUCAGACCAGCAGCUGUUCACAAGCCUUAUGUGAAGACAGAUCAGGGAGAUCUAACUCAUUCCUGGGAUGAAUGUGACCCUAAUCCUAAUCAGCUGCGAUGGAAACCAUUUGACAUCCCUGCUGAUGGCAGCAACAUUGACUUCACACAAGGUUUGCACACAUUAUGUGGUGUUGGGGAUUCUCGCUCGCGGCAUGGGGUUGCAGUCCAUGUCUAUUGUUGUGAUGUUUCAAUGAAAGACAAGUGUUUCUACAAUUCUGAUGGAGAUUUCCUUAUAGUUCCUCAGAAGGGUGUUUUAAUGGUCACAACUGAGUUUGGUAAAAUGGAAGUGAAACCAAAUGAAAUAUGUAUUAUCCAGCAAGGGAUAAGGUUUUCAGUGGAGAUCAGUGAACCAUCAAGAGGGUACAUUCUGGAAGUGUUUGAUGCUCAUUUUGUUCUGCCCAAUCUGGGACCAAUAGGUGCUAAUGGACUGGCAAACCCACGUGACUUCCUGACACCUGUGGCGUGGUUUGAAGACAGAGAUGUGUCAUCUGGCUUCACUGUAAUCAGCAAAUACCAAGGAAAACUAUUCAAAGCUCUUCAGGGUCACUCUGCAUUUGAUGUUGUGGCAUGGCAUGGUAACUACGCUCCAUACAAGUAUGAUCUAAGUUGUUAUAAUGUCAUCAACACAGUUUCCUUUGACCACGUUGACCCUUCAGUUUUCACUGUUCUUACUUGUCCCAGUUUAAGAUCAGGAACUGCUAUAGCAGACUUUGUUAUAUUUCCACCAAGAUGGAGUGUUGCUGAGAACACCUUCAGACCACCUUAUUACCACCGAAACUGUAUGAGUGAAUUCAUGGGCUUGAUUUAUGGAAAAUACGAAGCGAAGGAAGAAGGAUUUUCUCCAGGGGGUGGUAGUCUGCACAGUAUGAUGACCCCCCACGGGCCUGAUAAGGAUUGCUUUGAGAAGGCGUCUGAAGGAGAGUUGAAACCUCAGCGAGUAGCAGAUGGUACUAUGGCGUUCAUGUUUGAAAGCAGUCUGAGCAUGGCUGUCACCAAAUGGGGCAACGAAACCUGUCAAAAAGUGGAUCAUGAUUAUUACAAGGUGUGGGAGCCAAUAAAGAAACACUUUAAUCCCAACUGGAAACCGGCUGAUGAGCAGAAAGCUAGCUGAAGGAGGAAAAUAUUCGCCGACAUUACAGUCCCCCUGAACCAACAUUUCGAGCUGCUCUUUCUUACAUAAUCAUUAGAGGUUGCGAUGCGUUAGAUGAGAGGGAACAAUGACUAUAGAAUCUAUGUAUUAGUGAAAAUGACAAUCGACGAGACAAUCUUGAUUUCCAGAAUUAUCUAGAUCUAUUUUCUCUCUACAUAGUAAAGUGAAAAGUUUUUGUGCAUGUGCACAGUUUUAUUUGGUCGUCUCACAAUCGUCACGCAUCGCUUACGUGCCCAGAAGCGUUCAUCGUCAUCGUCAUCAUCGUCGUCGUCGUCGUCGUCGUCGUCGCCGUCGUCAUUAUCAUUUUGAGACUUGCAUGACCAAUUCAGCGUUGCGUGACGUUUGUAACCAGAGCUAACAUUAUGAGAUAUAAAUUUAGAAACAAUUGAUAUUGUGGACUCAAAACGCUAAUCGAAUAAAUGCUGGGUGUUAUUAACUCAA